GCUUCCCGGGUCUAUUACGACCACGUUACCCAUUGGAUACAGAAACCAUCAGAGUUCUCGAUCAGACGCAUAUCAAUCACUAUCUCCAAUGUUUUAUCGUCUACUGAUGAUUUCAUUAUGUAUCCUCAUAUCUGACGGAGAAAUUGGGAGAGGCCACGAAGAUGUCGACCGAGUCGAUGCUGUUAGCAGAACUGAUUCCGUCGAGAAGUUUCCAAAACCUGACCAAAGUGAUUCGGAAUCCCAAGCCUCUUUUCCCUCCGAGGGUAUGGAUAACUCAGAUAACACUGGGAGCAGGUCAGAUUCGACCAGUCAAGAUUCGGCACGGAAGAACUCUUUUAUCAGCCUAGUGAGCAAAUUGCGUGAGAAGGAAUCUAACACAGUUCAUUCCGAAUCGGAAGCGAGUAAUGAGAAUUUGACAAAAUCUGAGACUCAACAACUUUAUGAAGAAGGAUUACUCAUGCUGGAACGGGCCGACAAGCAUAUCAGUAUGCGUAAAAUUGCUUUCCAGGUUCUCCACGAUGUUGCCGAACGCGGACACGUCCAGGCUCGUGAAUGGGUCGCACUUGCAACCCUUCUAGGUUGGGGACCUUAUCAAUCAUUACCUCGCGCACAUUCCGAAUUUAUGCAGCUUGCACAAGAGGGCAAUCCAAGAGGUCAAUUUGGAAUCGGCCUGAUGUACGCUUCUGGAUUGUUGCUUAACGCCAGUAUUCCCCACGCAUUGAUUUAUCUUACCUUCAGUGCGCUUGGGGGUGAUGAAUUGGCUGAAAUGGCCAUGGCUUACCGAUAUUGGGCCGGCAUUGGAGUCGAAGAGAAUUGUGAAUCGGCCUUGACUUUCUACUAUCGAGCUGCCCAGAAGGUGGCGAAAGAAGUUUCCGAUAGAGCUCAGACUGUAGGCACCACCUACAUGGGGCCGAUUGUCCGACGAGUAAGGUUACUGGACGAAGCGGACGCUAACGCUGGACUGUUCAGUGGACUUUUUAGUUUCAGCGAUAACUCCGCAGAAACUGUUAUCGGCGGCUUAACAAUAACGGAAGACUUGUUCCAGUAUUACCAAUUUAUGGCCGACAAAAAGAAUGUCAGCGCUCAGGUUGGUUUGGGGCAAUUCUAUUACUACGGCCGACAUGGUGUGGAAAGAAACUUUGCAAAGGCUUUUCACUAUUUCACAGUAGCGGCAGAGGCAGGCAGUGCUUUGGCGAAAGCCUAUCUUGGUGAAAUGUACCUGACCGGUGGGGAUUCAUUGAAACCAGACCCACAAAAAGCCUUAAGUUAUUUACGGGAGUCGGCUGAGGAGGACAAUCCCAUUGGUCAAACCGGUCUAGCAAUGGCUUAUCUUCAUGGAAAAGCCGGUCUGACAGCGAAUCCGUUGAAAGCACUAGAUCUACUACUGCGUGCUGCUGAUCAAGGAUGGGCCGAUGCUCAAGUAACGUUGGGUCGUUUGUUUAUUGGUACAAUGGGCAUGAAGCCGGAUUAUAAGCUGGCGCUGAAAUACUUCACAAUGGCUUCACAACAAGGUAAUGUGCUCGCCUUUUUCUACCUUGGUGAAAUGCACGCCACUGGCGUCGGUGUUCUUCGGUCUUGCACGACGGCCGCAGAGCUGUUCAAAAAUGUGGCCGAACGCGGUUCCUGGUCGAAGUGGUUAAUGCUUGCGCACUCAGCGUACCGAGCGCAGCGAUACGACGAGGCGUUUGUCACUUAUCAACUACUGGCAGAGUUGGGCUACGAGGUGGCCCAAAGCAAUGUGGCCUAUAUGUUAGAAGAAGGUAAAAUUACGGUGGUAGAUAAAUCCGAGUUCUUCGCACGUGCCGUUGUUCAGUGGCAACGAUCGGCCACACAAGGCUCCGCUAGCUCUCGUAUCAAGCUUGGUGAUUGUCAUUACUACGGACGAGGUACGGAAGUAGACUAUGUGAAGGCCGUCCAACAGUAUCGCAUCGCAUCCGAAGCACAUCAGAGCCCACAGGCUAUGUUCAAUUUAGCCUAUAUGCAUGAACAAGGCCUCGGUCUGAAAAGAGACAUUCACCUUGCCAAACGGUACUACGAUAUGGCCGCAGAGGCUUCUUCUGAAGCGAAGGCUCCUGUCUUUUUGGCUCUUUUGAAGUUAUCUUUGUCAUUCGGAACAGAAUUCCUGCAAGAAUGGCCCGUAGUAAAAUUCUUUAACACACUCUUUGAAUCCGCCGCGGGUGCAGAGUCCAUGAAAACGAACGCACAAUCGGUCACAUCUGAUCCACGUAUCACAAUGGAUUGGGAUUUUUACGCUAUACCCAUGCUGGCGGGCCUGCUACUUGCCCUCAUUGUGUACCUUAUUCAUGAACGUCGUCGUUGAUUGUGUAAAGGAAACUGUUAUUUGUGCCCAUCCAUUUGCACUGUUUGCUGUAAAAUGGUUUUCCUCACUUCGACUGUGAUUACGCACUCAGUGUCUCUCGGACGAUGGGCACAUCGCCCAUUCCAUUCUCAGUGCCUAUCUGCUCUUAAUUUGUCUCAGCUUACCCCCUUGCCCCUUGUCCGAGUAGAGAAUUGGACUCUGCACAAAAAAGCUUUCUUUCAACAGAGUGUUCCGAUACAUGACCCUUCGAGUUAUUUCUGCUUUGGUUUCACACCAAGCGGUUGCCCUUACUUUUCGAAGGGUUUCUCAUUGCAGACUAUUUUACUGACCGUGUCGAUGUGCAGCACAUCCGUUUCCAAGUGCCUCCCGAUUUCUCUGAAGUGCGGCAAAUAAGUGUAUCACAUCUUGCUUUGCAUUUAUUUCACACUGCAAACCAUCGAUUUCAGACGGGUAACUGGUUUUUCACUGCGAGUAGUGGAUUUGUUUUUGGAUCCAUUUAUACCACCAUUUCGUCGCUUGUGUAUUCGCGCGCGCACAUGGAAUUGACCUCUACUUGUGCAAUAUCUCCUCCUAUGAACAUUUCGUCCACCUUGAACACUAAUCGGGUAAAGCGUAUCGACGGCGAUGUACUGCCAUAUUUAUUUAUCUCUGAUUUCUCGGUUUGCUACACAAUUUCUCCGAGCCAACGUUACAGUCAACGUAAUCCGCCUCUUACCAAGGCACCGGGUUACGGUAUCUUAUUUUGUUCUCGUCGGUAUAUCAUUUUUGACCACUUUAUUGGCUCAGUUCAGUUCGGUUUUGUUGAAUAACUAUGAUCCGGGCUGUCAGUGACAAAAUCGCUCGAAGCUCGGAUAACUCCUAAAAACUCCAUGUCCAAACCAAAACGAAGCUGAGAGUUAACUACGGUACUAUUCAAGUAGAAAUCAAACGGCAAUGUGUACAUACCUCAAAAGUACCCGUUUAGCUCUGAAACAACCGGAACUUUUCAAUGUACAGAAAGAAUGCCAUCAUAUAGCAAGAUAUCACAACACAGAGUCCCACGGCACUUUUAAUGAGUCCGAUAGCCCUAACCGACUCACUCGCUGUCCAACCCAUGGAGCAGGAGUUCAUAACCUGGGGGUAAUUAAACCCAGAGGGGUAAACUGACUUUUAAAGAGGGAUAGCUAUUAG